AUGCGUUCGUUUGCUUCUAUUGCCGCCGCCGCGGUGGUCGCCCUUCCUUUGGCCAUCGCAGCGCCCAACAAGGCCAACAAGAUGGAUGCCAGCUACUAUAAGCCGGAGCAGGUUAUCGAUACCGAUGUCGUGAUUAUUGGUGGGGGCGGUAUGGGUGCCUACUCUGCUAUCCAACUCAAGGACGCAGGAAAGAGGGUUGUGGUCGUUGAGAGCAAAUCCCGUAUGGGAGGUCACACAGAGACUUACAUGGAUAACGAGACUGGAAUUCCCAUUGAUAUGGGUGUGAAGCUAUACCACGACGAACCUUUGGUGCACCAAUGGUUCGCACGCUUCAACCUUUCCACUACCCGGUUCAGCAUCCCUGCUCUCCCGACGCAGAAUGUUGACUUCAGGACUGGGCAGGUUUUGCAGGGUCUGCCUGCUCCUAACCAGACAGCCAUGGCUAUUGCUCUGCAGAAGUACGGUGCGGUUCUCGCCAAAUAUCCUCAACUCGAGGGUGGUUUCUAUUUGCCAGAUCCCGUUCCCGAGGAUCUGUACAUGCCCUUCGGCCAGUUCGUCCAAAAGUACGACAUCGCUGAUGCGGUACAAACCAUCUUCGGUCUCACUUCCGCCUUUGGUGACAUCCUCGAGCUCCCCGCUCUGCAGCAGAUGCGCACCUUUUCCCUUGGUCUCUUGAAGACUAUGCAGAACUUCCAGACCAGCUCGGUAAUGGACAACAGCCUUCUUUUCGAGAAACUCACAGCCGAACUCCAGGCUACCAACUCUGUUCUUCUAUCCUCUAAAGUCACCAAGACGCAGCGUGUGAGCAAGGCUGAUGGCGGCGUCAAGGUCCUUGUCGAAACACCGAUGGGCUGCCGUCUCAUUCAAGCGAAGAAGAUCCUUAUGGCUAUCCCCCCUACUCCCGAGAACCUCGCCAAAUUCGACCCUAGCGGCGAUGAGUUGAAGAUUUUCAACCAAUUUACAUCUGUCGGAUACUACACCUCUAUCAUCAGAAACGCUGGCCCUACGAACAUCACACUUCAGAAUCUCGCUCUUGACAAGCCAUACGCGCUGCCACCCAUGCCUGCUAUCUACAAUGUCAACCCCACCGCCAACCCAACUCUAAGUCUCGUCUACUACGGCACCAAGGUUGGUCAGCAUCUGAGCGACGAGGAGGCUAAGGCUGCGAUCAUCGCGGACCUUAAGCGCUUCCAGGCUGCCAACAAUAUGACUGAGACUGAGCCGGAGUUCGUCGCAUUCAGCAACCACAGCCCAUACAACAUGUUGGUCGGUGAGGAGGCUACCCGCGCCGGAUUCUACAAGCAUCUGUACGGACUGCAAAGCAAGCGCAACACUUUCUGGACAGGUGCCGCGUGGAGGGCGCAUGACAGCUCUUCCAGCUGGGCUUACACCAGCCAGAGCGUGCUACCUCAGCUUUUGGCAAGCUUGUAG